AUGUUGGCGCAACGCAGUUUACUUGAACAGAUCGAGUUCUACUUUUCAACACUCAACUUUUCUUCGGACGCAUUUUUACAAACGAAAAGCGACUCGGAGGGCUAUGUCCCGCUCGAUGUCAUUUCGAAGUUUAAGUUGGUUUCACAACACAACAAGACUCUUCCAGAAUUAGUCGACAUGUUAAAAACAUCCAAGUAUCUUGAGCUUUCUAAUGACAACAAGUCUGUUCGGAGAGUAGUGAGGGAGAGUAUUGCCGAUGUCAAAGAGCGUUGUGUGAAAGUGACGUGGGUGCCUUGUUCUUUAAGUCUUGAAGAAGUAUCUCGAUGGCUUAACACGUUUGGUAAAGUCGAAGAAAUGAAGAUGCAUUUUAUCAAUGGUACAUUGACGUUCAAAGGGACAGUUGAAGUUCUCUUUUCUGAUGAAGAAGACGUGCAGAAGUUGUUCCGACAAGACAAAGUGUAUAUAAAAGGGAAGGAAGUGAUUGUAAAGAAGUGGGAGUGUGGUGCGACAUGGGUGAAAGUUGUUAAUGGAGAGGAUCGAGUUCAUUUCUUAAGUGGGUAUGUCGACCCACAAGGUGGUGUAGUCUACGAGAUCUUAUCUGGUCUCAAGCAAAAGUUUUAUUCGAUAAAAGGGAUAUCAUACGACCAAAUAACUUCAACGCAAUAUGCAAAUGUUCUUCAUCAACGAAAGAGAAUGGUUGUUGCUGGCGACAGCUUUCACCCAUUGCGAAGUGACUGA